GAGAAAUGUUCUGUAGAGAAUCGACUGAAAAUGAAAAGAAUAAUCAUUCCUGGAUUACUAUUGAAACUAUUUAUAUCUUUCACUGCAAAUGGGUAUAAACAAUUGGAUAAAAGACAAGAUAUUCGGGUUGAGUCAUCAGAUUCAAUGGAUGAUGAUAAUGAUAUUCUACCUCUAGUGGCAACAACGGAAAUUGAUAUUUCGGACGAUUUCGAGCAGAACGAAAUUAGCGAGUACGAGGAUCCGGUGACGAAAACGUAUCAUUGCACACUCCGAACGACGGGCGGCAACGAGACCUUUACGCCUAAUCGCCAUAUAUUAAAAAAUCUCGAUGAUAAUGGCAUUGUUUCCAUGCGCAGCAACAAGUUUGAUUAUCAGGCAAAGACUCGCCAGGUGCGCCGUCGCAUGUGCCAAUUCGGCUACGACCCCUUCGGCCGGGACGCCUUCCUGGAUCCACCCAAAGGCUCGAUGCACAAGCGCUUCAAGGCCGCGCUGCGGCGCAUCAUCUACAAUACGCCAACCUUCUUACCGAGCCUCCGGGUCGUGCGCAAUGACCUCGACCGCAAGAGGAGACGCGAGCCCGAAAUCUGGUGGCACUUCCAGCUGUCGGAGUCGUCGCUCGACGUCGAGUUCGAUUACGACAAUUACUUCAUCACUGUACGAGGUGACUUCUCGCGCGUCAACAUCUUCUCCAAGAUCCUCGUCGCCCUUAAAGUCCAUAAGCGACUGAACAAUUUCAACGACUCCGUUAGUCGCAAGGUAAAUCUGGAUCUGGGCAUCGCCGAGGUGAUCCUCUCGAGUUUCGGACUCCAGAUGAUGCACGACAAAUCCGUGGCCUUAUUCAUGAUCGAGGCCCUCAAUGGUAUUAGGACGAAAACGAACGAGCGUUUGGACGGCGAAGUGCAGCUGGAAUUCGAGGACAACCUUAAGAAAGCGGCGGAUCGCGUGGAUGAUCUCCUCUACUCUUACAUCUGGCUGCUCGCUAUGGCCGAGAAGUUCGAGUUCGUGAAGAACAAGGACAGCAGGAGCAUGGCCAGCCAGGACGAUAGCCUCUCUCAGACGUCGUCGGAGAUGUGAGGAAGGCGGUGAUUGUCGCCGCGGGAGCGAUAAUUAGCCGAUUGGACACGGCGAUACUGUUCUCGUAGGUGGUGGUGCUCGCCCGGUAAUUGAGCGGAAUAAUUAACUCGCGCUUUAAAUUAAUGCUGAUUUUCUCAACGUGGCGCGCACUUUUUAAACACUCGCUGCGCGCACGGCUUAUGGAAACGUCUUCGCAAUAAUUCUCGUGCAAUAGAAGUCGCUCGCGGAGCCCGCGGCUCUCCACCGUUAACGCUAAUAAUAAUUUAAUUUCGCGGGGACGACGGGGCGGGCCGGAGUCAGGAGGACGUGAGAGGGGCGGUUGCCGAGCUCGAAAUUCGUUAGCUACCGUCGCACUCGAUGCGGGAGACCGACCUUUUUAUUUUCUCGAAAUGAUAGAUAUACGCGCCACUGUUCGAUGCACUUUAAUUUGUGAAACGUCGGAUAUCUAGAUUUGCAUACUUCACGUGUACGAGCGCGCGUUUCCAUUUGUUGGCCUGUGUACGCGAUGCGGAAAAACGUGUUUCGACUAAGUAAGAUUAAAGCUGAAAUUACGGUCACUCCUCCUGAGAAAUGUUGAAUUGCAGCGGCAGAAAUCUUAACCAGUUACUGAUAUCUCUGCUGGUCGUCGUUUGAAAAUCCGCACGAGAGAGAAAAACAACGAGAUAAUAGUUUCUUUUGUUUUUUUCUUUUCUUCCUCUUUCUCUCCUUCCUUUUUCUUCCCUUCUUUUUUGUACAUUCGAUAAGCGUAUCGUUAGUUAGUACAGUGCAGCUAAAGUAAAAGACGCGGUUUAUUGAUGGAUAAAUGAUUUUAUCUUUGGCCAGUGUAAGCCGUGAGUCCGAGUUUAAGCCGAGUGAGUCCAAUAUCUUUGACGGUAACUUUAAAUUGAUAAUGGAUGGAAAUCGGGUCAAUAUUUGACCGCCUUAUCAGCCAAUUUAACUAGAAAGUUAACCUAAUCAAUGGACUUUAUUAAUUAAAUAUCGAUCACUAUUUAUUUUGUACAUAGUUUAUAAUGAUUAGGUGCGCCGCAAUGUUAAUGUAUUCUGCUCAAUUACAGUGCUAGGAUAAUCAAUAUCGUUUCUAUAAUUCAACGUAAUAAUCUUGUAAU